GAGCGGAAAAGAAGGUAGUUUGUUUACCUCCUCCUCCGGUAGAGUUUUUCACACCGACUAUUCAUCCACUUUGGAGCCAUUUUCCCUUAACCGACACUGGAAUUUACUCCUUUUGUUCCACUGCUUCCCUUCUUUUGUAUUUCAUCCUUGGAAUUUAUUGUUGACAAUUUUGGAGUUGAGGACCACAUUGGAAGUCACACAACCUAUUUUUCUUUUCUCUUUUUGUGGGGGUUAGAGUCAAGUUUCCACCGUAUAAAUUGGGAAAUUACGGUGAUGUCUCAUGAAUGACAUGCAAUCUUCAAGACCGCCAAACCUGCGCGAUGGCUCGACCGAAGUAACUUCAGAGGAGGGGACCGAGGGAGACCCAGCAGCCUCAGCGCGAAAACCACGUCUGUUGAAGCGCAGAGAGCGGAGCUGCGCGCAGCAGCCGGGCGCCGCUGGCACCGCAGGAGGAGGAAGGGAUCCGGACUCGGACUCGCCGCCCUGUUCCGUAAGCCCGGCCAGUUUAGACGUCUUUCGAAGCAGGUCGAUUUUCCGCCCUACUCGCCGCUCAUCCAGCGGAUACUUCUCCUUUGACUGUGACUCGCUUCCGAGCUCCCCGCUCACCCCGCACCCGGUGACGGCUGACAAAGCCACACAGACUGCCAGUCCCACGGGCCAGGUGAUGAAGCACGCCCUGCAGCGAAUGGCUGUGGAGCAGGGUGGACAGGGAGCGACCGGGCUGCACGGACAUUCUGCCAUACCCUAUAGCGAGUGGGAGGGAAUCGCAGCACGGGAUAUGCAGUCAGAAACCUUUGGUCGUCAGCUCCGGACCAUCGGAGAUGAAUAUAACAACCACCUGCUGAGAAUGGCAGGAAGACACCGACGGAAUAUUGUCCCUCUAAACCUGAUGCCACACAUCCAACAAGAGCCAGUUGCCAUGCUCUGUGUCGGACUCCUGCUUCUCUUGAUUGGACGAAUAAUGUACUUGCAAGGCAGUACAAGCAGCCAUGACCACCCUCAGGUUUAGCUUUGGGAAAACCCAGCAGACGUAGCAUUUCCUUGAUUAUGUUAUAAACAUAUAUCAAUUUUUGACUCUUUUUUUUUAUAUAUAUAUAUUUGGGACGUCAAUUACUUGUUCCUUCCCUCUGUACCUUUUUUUUUCUUUCAGGAAGGAACUCUAAAAUGUUCAUAUGUUUGAUUUUCCUAUAUGGCCACAGAGCUUCCCAUCAUUCUACCAAAGAGUCUAGAUUUGCACUCCGUUUUUUGAGCAAAGGUGGUCAUUUCAUCUGAACAUAAUGCCUGUGGAAAUUCAGACGUGCCUUGUACAGUUUGUUGUUUACUUUAUUUCAUAUGAUUUGUUAAGUUUUGUGGGGGGUUGUAUAUUAUUUCAUGGAGAAAAUGUGCUUUCUGGGCAAUCAC